AUGGAGCAAUUAGAUAACUGUGCAAACUGCAAGGGCAACGGUGAAGACCCAAAACCCUGCUGUUCGUCACCCUCGAAUAAGGCUGUUUUCUCACAACAGCUAGAUGACUGUCCGAAUUGUGAAAGCAAUGGUAGAGACCCAAGACCCUGCUGCCACCGCUCCAACAAGGUUGCUGGCAAAACCAAUAAUGUUCUUGCAGGCAUGGAGCAGUUAGCUGACUGUGCAAACUGCAAGGGUAACGGUGAAGACCCAAGACCCUGCUGUUCGUCACCCUCGAAUAAGGCUGUUUUCUCACAACAGCUAGAUGACUGUCCGAAUUGUCAAAGCAAUGGUAAGGACCCAAGACCGUGCUGCCACCCCUCCAAUAAGGUUGCUGGGAAAACCAAUAAUGUUCUUGCAGGCAUGGAGCAGUUAGCAGGCUGUGCGAACUGUGAGGGCAAUGGUGAAGACCCCAGACCCUGCUGCCACGCCUCCAACAAGGCUAUUUUCUCCGGAUAA